AUGACCGACUCAGUGACCCUCUACACAUACUUCCGCUCCUCCUGUUCAGCACGCCUCCGCAUCGCACUCUAUCUGAAAGGGAUCCCAUUCACCUCGGUAUUCGUCAACCUUCUCAAAGAUGAGCAAUCUUCACCUGCCCACCGCGAAAUCAACCCCUCCGGCACAGUCCCAGCCCUCGUGACCCAACGCGCCUCCAAGACCCCAGUGACAAUUACCCAAUCACUGGCAGCUCUCGAAUAUCUCGACGAAGCAUUCCCAAACAAAGGGCCCGCUCUUCUCCCGUCAGACCCAGAAUCCCGAGCCCUCGUCCGGACUCUUUGUGAAAUAAUCGGGUGUGACAUCCAGCCCGUGACGAACCUUAGAAUUCUCAAGCGUGUUGGUCCGCUCGGGGCGGACCGGGCUGCUUGGUCGAAGGAUCUUAUUGAGGAUGGACUGCGAGCGUAUGAGAGUAUUGUCUCCUGGUCGGCUGGGAAUUUCAGCGUCGGGGAUCGGAUUACUACGGCGGAUAUUUGUUUAAUUCCUGCUGCGUGGGGUGCUGAGAGGGUGGGCGUUGAUUUGGCCAUGUUCCCGGUGACUUAUGGGAUUGUCCAGAAUUUGGAGAAGGAAGAGGCGGUUAAGAAGGGACAUUGGCAAACGCAGCCUGAUACGCCUGAGGAGCUUCGGGUGAAGGAGUAG